AUGGUAGAGUCGAUCAAAUCAGCCGCUAGCACGAUAGCCUACGACCUCGUCACCUUCUACUCUGGCAAUAACUCUGGAGAUGUACCAGGAAAUCUUCCAGAUCCAUACUACUGGUGGGAGGCGGGCGCAUUCUUUGGCUCGCUCGUGAAUUAUUGGGCCCUAACGGGAGAUACCACCUACAACGACAUUACCGUCCAAGCAAUUGAGCAUCAAGCCGGGGACAAUGGCGACUUCAUGCCAAAGAAUCAGACAUAUACAGAGGGAAAUGACGACCAGUGCUUUUGGGCACUUACUGCGAUGGCGGCCGCGGAACGAAACUUUACCAAUCCCUCAUCCGAGACGCCAGGCUAUCUCUCCAUGGUCCAAGCUGUCUUCAACGAACAAACCCAUCGAUGGGAUAUGACUGCCUGUCAAGGUGGCCUACGCUGGCAGAUCUAUACUUGGAAUGAUGGCUACGGCUAUAAAAACACGAUUUCCAAUGGCUGCUUUUUUGACAUCGCUGCUCGAUUGGCUCGGUAUACGGGGAAUGCGACCUAUGCCGAAUGGGCCACCAAGGCAUGGGAUUGGGAAAGAGCCGUGGGCUUGAUCAGGACCGACUGGCAAGUCUAUGACGGCACUACACAUGAAACAAACUGUACAUCUUAUGAUAGAACAAGGUGGUCCUACACGGCUGGUAUCCACCUGCAUGGGGCCGCUGUUAUGUAUAACUAUACGUCCGAACUCUCCUUGGAAUCAUCAGAGUCAUCCAAUUCAUCCCAGUCCUCCAAUGCCUCCGCUAUUUGGAAAAUACGAUUGGAUGGUCUCCUGGGUGCCGCCGAUCACUUCUUCUCCAAGAACGAGUCCAGCAAGAAUGUCAUGUAUGAGCCCCCUUGUGAAUUGAGCGGCAUUUGCAACGUCGAUCAGCUCUCAUUCAAAGCCUACAUGUCUCGCUGGAUGGCGGAUGUCACCCAACUCGCGCCCCAUACCUACGACAUAAUCAUAAACAAGCUCCGAGUCACGGCGCAGGCUGCUGUCGCCCAAUGUCAGGGUGGGGAUACGGGAACAUACUGCGGCUUUCGCUGGGCGAGUGGUAGUUAUGAUGGCACAAUAGGUGUAGGUCAGCAAAUGGGUACUCUAGACGUCCUGCAAAGUCUUCUCGUCAAGGAUAUCGGCGGCCCGGUAACCUCGACCACUGGAGGAUCGAGUGAAGGCAAUAGUGCUGCCGGGACUGAUUCAGAUGAGACAGAGGAAGAAAUUCAGUGGGACCACAUCACGAAUGGGGAUAGGGCCGGGGCAGCCAUCCUUACCGCAGCUACGGUAGCAUUGAUAGGCGCAGCGACUUGGACUAUGCUGUCGUGA